AUGGCAGGAAAAUACCUUUUUAUGUUGAGAAGAGUCAGCUAUGGUGGAGCAACAGAGAAAAAACACAGAGCAGAAGAUGGAGAAGAAAGAAUUUUUUUUUUAAAGGAAGAAGAAGCUGAGUUCUUCCUUCCUUCUUCUUUUCCCUCAAUUCUGGUACAUAUUCAUUGGAGAGUUCAAAUUGAACUCUUCCUUUUCUUCCUUUACAAACUCAGCAACCAGAAACCCAAAUUUCUCAAGCCAAAAAUCAGAAUUGAACAUCAAACAAAUCUCACUUCCCCUUGUUUCUGUAACUUUAAACCACCACCGCAAACACCACUGCAACCACCAGCCACCACUACUGCCACCUCCGUCCAACACCAUACAACCACCCCAACCACCGUCGCUCCCCAGAACCACCGCACGCACCACCCCCUUCCCUCUCCCUCCUCUCGUCACCCUCCCCUUCUCUCCCCUGCUUCCUCCUCCUUCGCCCCACCACACCAACACCACACCACGCACCCCCGCCUCCAGCCACCUUCAUCCUCUCGUCGACCACCCUCCGCCUCUAAAUCUCCGGCGAACCGCCCUCUCUCUUCCCAAAAACCGAUCGAAAAACCCCCCAAAACUCCCCUGCUUGUUCGCCCUCUCGUGCCCUUUCGCUGCCUCCCUCGCCGUUCGGCCACCACCAGUCAAUCACCACCAUCACCGCCUCACCUCCGGCGCCGCGCCAAACCACCGAGCCACCUCCCUCCUCUCCUCUCCUCCUCUUCGUGUUCUCUCCUCUCCUGUUCCGUGUUCUGCUCCCAGAAAACCAAAACCAAAUUUUUUGGUUUUUGGUUAUAUCCUUUAAAACCCACAAUUAAAUUGGGCCAUCUUAGUUUGGGCUUUUGGAAACUGGACUCGGAGCUCAGGACGAACGAACCAACGAAAAUCCUUAACAAAAUCGUGGAUGUGAGGUACUGAUGGGGACGAUGGACACGAGUAGUGGCGAGGAAUUUCACUUUAAUAUUAUCCACCUAGCUUAUGCUUACAGUUUUAAUAGUUUAAUAGUUUUAAUUAAAGACUUUUAGUAAGUUAUGUACUUUCAUUUUGGUAAUAUAAAGAAUUAUAUAUAUUUUGGAGUAUAUGAUUGAUGUUUGCCUUGUAAUUUCCAAAAAGGAAGUUACGGCAGGUAAUGUCCCGACCAAUUAGGUU